AUGCCCCUUUUUGCUGAAACGGCUGCUCCUAAAGUGCGACAAAGUAAAUUGUCGAAGCGAGCAAUACAGGCACUCAAGAGAAAGCGGGAGGAAGAGGUGGCUACGAGUGAAGAAGGGGUGAUGGAGGGCAGGGAGUCAAAAGAUGCCAAGGCGCCAUCACCCAAGAAACACAAGCUUCAGUUAUCAUCCACGGGUAUUCAACGUAGUCGCAUGUUUUACGGUAAACCCUAUCAAGUCGCUGGCAAACACCCGUCUCGUGGUCUGCCUCCAAACCACAUCCUGAACACUUGCAAGCCUCCCUCCGACGAAAUGCCCAAAGACCUAGAUUGUCUAAAGCUUCUAGCUGUCAUAUUCCCCAGCAUGCUUACGCUCGAAGAAGGCCGAGCGCCCAAAGUCAAGGGGUCAAACGAGAGGCUGAAAAGAAUGGCAGGUAUCGCGAGGGAGAUGUUGGUGAGGCACAGCCGGGCGAACUAUCAGCGGAUAUUGAAGGACUGCAUGGUAAAGCUCGAGAAGGAGGUGAGAGCAGAUUCAAAGACUCCUUACCCGUGUUUACCACCCGACUCUGCCAACGAAGACUCGUCUAUACCCGUGUCCCAGAACAUCCCCAGUAGUGGCAGCGAGCUUCCGAAACCUCCCACAUCAUCCCGACCAGCCUCGGGGAGGAAUGGACCCGAGCCUCCGCCGCCUUUAGAGCCUAAGACGCAGCGACAGGUGUGCUGGUUUGUGAGAAGAGUAAUCAAGGCGCUCUUCUCGACAGUCAUACUUGGAUCCCAACACAAUCAAGAUGUCAUCCUCGCCAGCACUCGACGGUUCGUCACCAUCUCUCAGCACGAGACCAUAUCUAUACAUUCCAUCCUCCAAGAUAUCCGUAUCAAUGACUUUGAAUGGUUGGCGUUGGGGGAGAAGGGCAAGAGGGUCAAUCAGGCGGAGAUGGAGAAACGGCGGAUGUUGGUUGUUGAUCUGCUCAAGUGGAUCUUUGAGGGCUUUUUGAUUCCUCUUCUCAAGAACACUUUCUACAUUACUGAGAGUGCAAAUACCAAAUACGAGACUGUCUAUUUCACGCACGACGAUUGGUCUCACGCCGCCAAGCCCCACUUUGAAGGCCUCAAGGAGAAGCUUCUGGAAUCUCUAACACAAGCCGAGAGAAUAGUGGCUGAAUCACGCAAAAUCGGCGUUUCUGUCGUUAGGCUGAUACCAAAGCCUACUGGUUUCAGGCCUAUCGUCAAUCUCGGGCGCCCCGUGGUCACCGGCGACAAUACAAGACCAGUCAGCAAGUGGGAUAUGAAGAGUACCAAUGAUUUCCUCCGUGAUCCUCUUUUAAUUCUCAACUAUGAAAAGACGCGAAAGAGAAGCCUCUUGGGGGGCGCGUUGUUUGGGACGAACGAUUUCGUCCCGCACAUCCAGCAACUGAAGAGCGAUCUCUACAAGAGACAUGGGAGCAAUCUGCCCAAGCUAUAUUUUGUCAAGAUGGACAUCAAAGCAGCGUUCGACACGAUCAAGCAGGAUCGUGUGCUUGAAAUCGUCGAGCAAAUACUCGAUCAGGAUCAUGACUACUGCAUCAUGAUGUAUGGCGCCCUUUUGCCCCCGGGUAACGCGAACCGAUCGAAAGCACCUAGGAAGCUAUACAGAUCCAAAGCUGUUGCUGAUAACAUGGUCCACCCCACAUUUGCAGACCACGCCCAGGAGAUCGUCCAGUCUAUGCGAAAUGCUGCGAUGGUCGAUCUCGCUCGCAGGAGAACAGUCAAGACGGCAGAUGUCAUGCGACUUUUGAGGGAGCAUAUCAAGGAGAACACUUGGCAGAUGGGCAGAAACCUGUACCGUCAAAAGACAGGAAUCCCCCAAGGAUCCAAAGUCAGCAGCGUCCUCUGUGCAAUGUUUUACUCCAACCUCGAGAACAAACACCUAGACUGGGCUCAACAAAAGUAUUCGCUCCUGCUGCGAUACACCGACGACUUUCUCUACAUCACCGACAACCCCCAGCUCGCCGCACGCUUCGUCAAGGAAAUGUUUCGCGGCUUUCCCGACUAUGGCGCGCAUAUAUCACCAGCCAAGACCCUGCUCUCGUUUGAGUGUGUGGUGAAUGACCUGAAGCUGCCGGUCGCGGAUGUGAACCAGGAGGGGGAAGUCGAAUUCCCGUAUUGUGGUUUCUUGAUCAACGUCAAGACGCUAGAGUUGAAGCAGGACUAUACCAGGAUGAUCGGUCAUCCCAUCAAACAUUCAUUCGCAUUGAGAUCCAUGAGCAAAAAGCACUCCAACUUGGUCACAUGGCUGUGUCGUCAAUUGCAGAACCGAAAUCAAAUUGCUCACCUCAAUACAGCCUUGAACAGCCUCGACACAGUCCUGUUCAAUGUCGGGACCAAUUUUGCGUUUGCCGCAAUGAAGGUGGUAGUGUAUCACAAAGGCCACGGUAUCGACGAAAGACUCCACAAGCAUAUAUUCAAAUCUUUGGUGGUGGCAGCCGACUACACAUACUUUGCUGGACGAGCUCGUGUCAAACACUACGCCCAAGUGCAAACAGUAGACAAGCCUCGAGAAGAAGUGCCGGUGCGCAAGAGUGAUUUUGACUAG